AUGGCCCCCGACCAUCCCCUGCCACCCUGCCAGGCCACUUGUCGCAACUGCCUCUUGGUGCUGGCCCCACCGCUGCGGCUGUCCUUCCUGCCACAGCCGGACAGCACACGAGGUAGGAUCACCAUCACAGGAGCGGUCCUGUCUGCUCUGGAGAGAGCCACCUUGUUCCUGCAGAAGAUGCUGCCUGGAAUCAACCUGGAUGGUGCUGUGGGGUUCCAGGUAAUGGAAGUGCAGCUCCGAAGCGUGCAGGACAAGUGGACGCCUGACCCCCAGCUGCGGCCACUCAGCCUGCGUGCCAGGCAGCUGGUCAACAACCUGUCCAUUCUCCUCCACAGAUCCAUCUUCUACCUCAAGCGGAGCGACCUAGUGUACUUGAGAGAGUUCCUGACAAGCAUCCAGCCCAGGUUUUGGAAGCUGCCACACAUCUGGACCCAAACCAACGCUUCCCUGGUCUACCCCUGGCUGGAGCCCCAGGACUCCUUCCCAGCGGACAGCAGUGAUGCGUGCCUGGUGCAGCUCCUGGGAACUGGGAAGGAUAGCAGCCAGCCCUGCAGGCUUUCACACUUCUGCAGGACCUUCAUGACCAAACCCGGACACUCGGGCUACAGCCUAUCCCACCAGCUGUUCUUCUUCCUCUGGGCCAAAAUG